CAUAGUUCAACUUAAGUUGCAUUAUAUUCCCAAUAAAGCUAUCAAAACAGUAAGGAAACAAAAUGAAAAUAGUUUUGUUAUUUUUAGUUUUUGCUAUUGUUGAAUUUGGGAAAGAUGUAGAAAGUUACAGAAUUUUGGGCGUAUUGCCUAUGGCUGGUAAAAGCGUAAAUAUAUUGUACAACAGAUUAAUGACAGGAUUAGCCGAUGCUGGGCACGAUGUUACUGUUAUAGGUGCAUACGAAAAUAAACGUAAAAUUAAAAAUGGUACUUUUACUGAUAUCUUGCUCACCGGAUUUGUUGAGCGAUAUGAAGCUAUGCUGAAUGCAUUUGACAUGUUCGGCACCCCUACAACUUCGCCCAUUUGGGAAAAUUAUAAACUUCACAAAUUAUUUAUUCACACCCACAAUGAUACCUUUUGGCACCCAAACGUGCAAACAUUUCUGAAAGAAAAUCACAAAUUCGAUUUAGUGAUAACAGAGUAUUUAUGGAACGAUUCCCUUCUAGGAUUUGCCGCAAUUUAUAAUUGCCCGUUGGUCGUUUUUACUAGCAUGGGUGGCGUUAAUCCUUGGGUAAACGAAAUGGUUGGUAAUCCUAUGCCCAUUUCGUAUGUGCCGCACUUUCACGCUGAUAAAGGUGCUUUCAAAGAUAUGGGAUUUUUAAAGAGAGUACAUAAUUUCUUGUACUAUUUAUAUGAUCCGAUACACAAUUAUUUUAUUAGCUGGCCAGAUCAUAGUGAGAUAGUGAAAGGCGUAUUUAAAAAUCCUCCAGAUGUAGCUGCACUCUACUAUAGUCCAUCCCUAAUAUUGUUAGGUUCUCAUUCCAGUUUGCGUCAAGCUGUACCAUUGGCACCAAAUAUAGUUGAAAUUGGUGGGUUCCACAUUGAACCCCCUAAAAAAUUAUCUAAAGACUUACAGGACUACUUGGAUGGAGCUAAAGAUGGUGUCAUUUACUUUAGCAUGGGGUCACAUGUCAAGAGCAAAGAUUUUAGCGAAGAAAAGAAAAAAAUAUUUCUGGACGUAUUUGGUGAGUUGAAAUUGAAAGUUUUGUGGAAAUUUGAAGAUGAAGUAUUGCCUGGAAAACCAGAUAAUGUUCGCAUAAGGAAAUGGUUGCCCCAAAUGGAUAUUUUAGCCCAUCCAAAUAUCAAAUUAUUCAUCACCCAUGGUGGUUAUGGUAGUACUUUAGAAACCGUUUAUCAUGGAAAACCAGCACUCAUGAUACCAGUAUUCGGUGAUCAAUUGAGCAACGCUCAAGAAGCGACACAUCAAGGCUACGCCCUAAGUAUCCCAUAUAACGACAAAAACUUUUCAAAUGCUACCAUGUCUUACAUGAUCAAUGAAAUGCUGACUAAUGCAAAAUACACAGAGCGGGCCAGAGCUAUUUCGCGAAUUUUCCAUGACAGACCCAUGAAACCUUUAAAAACUGCCAUUUAUUGGAUAGAGUAUGUCAUUAGACAUAAGGGUGCUGAUCAUUUGAAACUGGCUGGGAGAAGGCUGCCUUGGUACAAGUUUUAUAUGGUGGAUGUGAUUGUAUUUUUGAUUUCAGUACUGGCUGCUGUAAUUUAUAUGCCUGUACGAUUAGUUAAAAGUUUGAUGAGGAUUAAGGAUACUAAAGUAAAACGAAGUUAGUGAAAUGUAGAUUUUAAGUAAAUGUUUUCGAUAUGAA